CCUAAGAUGGCAGACAAGCUUCCCACAGAGUUUGAUGUGAUUAUAGUAGGGACAGGUUUGCCCGAGUCCAUCCUGGCAGCUGCAUGUUCGAGAAGCGGACAGAGAGUUCUGCAUGUUGACUCAAGAAGUUACUACGGAGGGAACUGGGCGAGUUUCAGCUUUACAGGUUUGCUGUCCUGGCUGGAGGACUGUCAACAGAGCCAUGACAGCGAGGAAGACACCACCGCCUCGUGGCGAGACCUGAUCCAUGACACCGAAGAAGCCGUCGCCCUUUGCAGGAAGGAUGGAACCAUUCAGCACACAGAAGUCUUCUGUUAUGUCAGCCAGGAUGUUGGGGACAGCACUCAAAAGACAGAUGCUCUGCAGAGAAGUCCUUUUUCAGAGGCAUCUGCUACCCUGGCUGAUUCUCUGGAUUCUGCAGGCUUGUCCAAAGAAAGGCACUCUGCGUACUUUUCAAGCCACGAAGCGCCUUCUGAACAUCCAGAGAGAAGUGAUAGAGAGCCUUCAUCAUUUCCAGUUGCUGCAGAGAACUCACUGGAGAAAGAAAAGGACCGUGAAGACGAAAGUGGUACCCAGACAGUUUCAGAUGGAGAUAAAGAUGAAGACAUACUUCAUGUAGAAGACAACACUGAACAACCAAAGAGAAGCAGGAUUACAUACCCUCAAAUGAUUAAGGAGAGCCGGAGAUUUAAUAUUGACUUGGUAUCAAAGCUGCUGUAUUCUCAAGGAUCAUUGAUUGAUCUUCUAAUCAAAUCAAAUGUUAGUCGUUAUGCAGAAUUUAAGAACGUCACUAGAAUCCUUGCAUUUCGGGAAGGGAAAGUGGAACAGGUGCCUUGCUCCAGAGCAGAUGUCUUCAAUAGUAAAGGGCUCACUAUGGUUGAAAAGAGGAUGCUAAUGAAAUUCCUCACAUUCUGUCUAGACUAUGAACAACAUUCUGACGAAUACCAAGAUUUCAAAGAAUGUUCAUUUUCUGAGUACCUAAAAACUAAACAGUUAACGCCCAGCCUCCAGCAUUUCAUACUGCACUCAAUUGCGAUGACAUCAGAGUCUUCCUGCACUACAUUAGAUGGCCUUAAAGCAACCAAAACCUUCCUUCAGUGUCUUGGACGGUUUGGCAACACUCCCUUUAUAUUCCCUUUAUAUGGCCAAGGAGAAAUUCCCCAGUGUUUCUGCAGGAUGUGUGCCGUGUUUGGUGGAAUCUAUUGUCUUCGCCAUAAAGUCCAAUGCCUUGUAGUUGAUAAAGACUCCGGAAGAUGUAACGGAAUCAUAGACCACUUUGGUCAGAGAAUAAGUGCCAGCUAUUUCAUUGUGGAAGACAGUUACCUUUCUAAGGAAGCGUGUUCAAAUGUGCAGUAUCAGCAGAUCUCGAGGGCCGUGCUCAUCACAGACCGGUCCAUCCUGGAGACAGAUUCAGACCAGCAGGUUUCCAUUCUGACAGUGCCUCCGCUGGAGCCAGGAACCAGUUCCGUUAGGGUCAUGGAGUUAUGCCCGUCAACCAUGACGUGCAUGAAGGACAGCUAUCUGGUCCACCUGACUUGUGUCUCUUCAAAAACAGCCAGGGAAGACUUGGAACCCGUGGUGAAGCAGUUAUUCAUCCCUUUUACAGAAGCAGAAGACCAGGAAGAACUCAGAAAACCGAGACUCUUGUGGGCUCUUUAUUUUAACAUGAGAGAUUCCUCAGGGGUGAGCCGAAGCUCGUACCGUGGCUUGCCUCCCAAUGUGUACAUCUGCUCUGGGCCUGACUGUGGACUGGGGAAUGAGCAUGCCGUCAAGCAGGCGGAAGCACUGUUCCAGGAGAUCUUUCCCAGUGAAGAGUUCUGCCCCCCUCCACCAAAUCCAGAAGACAUUAUCUUUGAGGGUGAGAGUUAGCAACCAGACAAUCCUGGAGUCAGUAUUUCGCUUACUGCCAAGCUCGAUACCCCAGAGACAACAAGAACUUGCAAAGCCCAUGCCACCUUCGAAAUUAAAGCAGACUGGAAGUAUUUUCAUCCUGACCUCAAAAUAGCGUCAUUUGAAAGACAGCUGCCAUUUGUGAUAAGUGCUGUUGACAUGUCUUCAAUACUAAGACACCGGGUACCUAAUAGCUCUGCUAAUCUGUCAGUAACUAACUGAUUUGUGGUGACUCAGCCUUUUUGGUUCUGAACUGGCUCCAGGAAUCCAGAAUCUUCGAGUGUAGUUAGCUUUCUUUUAUUUUUGGGUUCCGCAGUGGCAACUUUGUUUAUCUUACUAGGUAAUAUCGCGCUUGCUACUGUGUUCAGGUUUUAUCAUUGUCUACACAAAACUAAUGUCCAAGGACUAUUGUAGUUACUGCUGCAACUACUAGUGUUGCUACCACCUCAGAUGCGUAGAGGAGCAUGUAAGUCCUAACCAUGUGAGCUCUUUGUGUAUCGUGUAAACACAUGGAGCUGGUAGUAGGAGUAGCAGCUGGUACAAGUGCUCAUUUGAUAAAACACAACUGUCUGUUAGAAGCGUGGCCAUGGUCCUGUGUCUUGGGAUUGAUAUUUACAUGUGAUUUUACCUUCUUGACCUUUGUGACUAAGGAGGCAGUGAGCCUGCCGUGCCCUGCUACUUUGCAGAAAGAGUGCCUCUUAGGAGUCAAAGAAGCUCAUAUAUAAGAGCAAUCAGGGCUUGGUGGCUUAUUCAUGCAAUGCUGUCAUGUAGGAAGUUGAGGCAAGAGGACUCCUGUAAAGUCCAGUCCAGUCUGGGCUAUGGUGUUGAGUCUCAUUUCAAAACAAAACCAAACCCCCUACCUAUCCCAAAAAAGAAGUAUAUUACAGAAAAAUUAAAGGGACCGGAUUUAUUCAGAAAAUUUCUAUAGCGCUGACACUAACACUUAAGAGAACGUCUUAACAGUUAACUGAGGCUAGCAUCAAUUAAUAAGUUACGCUAGGAAAAGGUUCUUCAGGAUAGGUGUUGAGAAUAUUCCAGAAAGGAUUUCCCAAGAAGGAAUAGUGGCGCAUCUUAACGUGGGUUUAUAGAUGCCUAUAAAGUUAGAGGUUUCCCCAUCCAGGUUUCUCGGGGUGAAGCAUGACUCCUGGUUGGCUGUACUGCUUUAUAAACUUGGUAACUGACACAACGUCUCUUUUACUACAGUCUGUUACCCUGAGAACAGGAGGGAUGCUUUCCCUCCAGAACCAGCUGCUGCACCCCAGCAGGGAAAGCCCUCUGCUGUGAGAAGAGGCAGUACUAGUGAGUAGACUAGUGUGGUCUGGUAUACUCUUGCUGCCCGUUAGUGAGGAAAGCGAGCCAAGACGUUUAAGUGAAUGACAGGGCACUGAGAGGAGGAAGCCAUCCGUUGGUCUUGGUGUUGGUUUUUUAAUAUAAUAAAUCCAUAAUAUUGUGUAGAUCUUAAGGAUUAAAUCCAGCAGAACAAAUGAAAUAACCUGAGCUAUCCUAAAAGUAGCAAUUAAGAGAAAAACAAGUCUAAGAUAGAUAAAAUGGAGGUGAGAGUAAUUCAAACCCACUUCAUAAGGUUUGUCAGCACCACAGUCUGUUCAGAAGACAUUAAAAGAAGGGGGCAGAGUUGUAAAAGAUAAACAGACACUAGAAAAGACAGAGCUGAAUGUAAUAGAAGUUAGGAUUAGAAUAGGCCAAAGCGGGGGGUGGGGGGAAGGGGGGACACAAGGUUGUUUUUGUUUUUUGUUUCCUAAACUAAAAAAGUGAAUGUAUUACUUUAAAUGAGCACAGAGCAAUAAGUGGAAGUGAGGCAAAUGAGCAAAAGGUAUUUAAGAAAUAUAAGGGAUAUUACUUAACUUUCUAACAAGUUAGAAUGGGCUUAUUGGAAGUUCUCAGGUGUUUAGGAAUCAUAAAUGCUGCCUUUCAUCAAUUACAUUUUGACUCAAUUAGGGCUCCACACUAAAAGUCAGACAAAAUCUCCCAUUCUAGCUAGGGAAAAGCUGUAGAGUAAAAUGUUGCCCGAAGAGGUAACAACCGACAGAAACAAUUACUUGCAGUGACUGAGAAUGAGCCAGCUGUGUCCAGUAUAGUAGCUGUGCAUCAGCAUGCACAGAGCCCAUGAUGCUACCUGCACUAACUAGACAAUUUCAUUUGCUUUAACUAUGUUUACUAAUGAUUUUGUGGGCAUUUCAUAGCAUGAUAAGCAACUACUUAAAACUUAACUUGAAUUUCUAUUGGGAAAACAUGUGUGAACCAUUUCUUAAGUAGAAAUGGACAGCCUUGGUAUUACUUUUUAUCUGUAUGUGGCUGAAAAAAAAUGUCAGUGGGAUAAAAAUACAAAGUAAAGUUAUAGAAAGAAACCAGAGCAAACAUACUCUUUUUCCAUGGCUUUAUAAUUCUCUAAACCUGUGUGACCAUAUAAAUAUCUAUGACCAGAAGAGAAGUUCACAAGUUGCAGGGUACAUAGUUUUUUGAAAUCUCAUAUCUAGAUUCCAACAGUGAUGGGAUUUUAAAACGUAUUGAUACUGGUAUAUACGAGUGUCUUUAAAAAGUUUGUAGCUAUAUUAGAGUAAUUUAAGAAAGAUAAAAGCUUUAAUGAAGGAGCUAAAUUUAAUAUAUGAGUGUGCUUCUAUGAGAGAUGUCUUGGCUUGAAGGAAAUGCUAUAAACACAGGGAGACCACAGGUCAUUUAUUACUCAUUUGAUCUCAAAACAAUUACUUUUGGCUUUCAUUUACCAUCUAUGGAAUAGAAAUAAUAUUUAACAAAAUUACUGUGAAUAUUAAGUUGGAUAAUGCAUAAGAACCCUUAUCCAAAAUAAUUCCAGCAUGUGGCAUUUGUAUGUAACUGAUAGUUAUUACAGUAUCAUUGGUGAUGUCAACCUUAUGCUUCAUGUAAUUUGAGAGAACUGUGAUAAAUUAUGCAAGAAAGUAAGCGAGGAAACACAUCUUCAAUUUUAGAGGGAAAAAAUACAGGGCUUUGCCCUCUAAGUCCUUAAGGCAUGAUAUACCUACCACCCAUCUAAAUGUUCUGUGGUGCUGAGUUCAAGGAAGUUAAGACUGAUCAGCUACCAGGAAAGAAGUAUUUACAAGCUGCUCACAGGAAGACUGGGUCAGUAUGGAGAUAGGUUUCAGGGCCUCUUUUCAUCCCACGCUGCCAUUUAUUUGUUAAUCAUAUAUUGACCAUAAAAGUAAUAAGAAUACAAUUUUUACCCCAGUAAUAAUGCCAAGGAAUGUUCUGGCAAGUGAACAUUGACAAAGUAGAUCAACUAAAAUUAAAAGGAAAAGCUAGAUACAAAAUAAGGAGAGAAGGUGGACUUAAAAAGCUGUUUCUAUUGCAUGGGUGUUUUAUUUAUUUGUUAUUUACCUUAUUUUUUGAGACAUGGUUCUUUAUGUAGCCCUGGCUGUCCUGGAACUUGCCCUGUAGACCAGUCUAGCCUCGAAUUCCCAAGUGCUGGGAUUAAAGGCAUGUACCACCACUGUCCAACUUGUUUUUUAUUUUAUUUUAUUUUUUUUUUAAGUGGGUGCAAAUUCUUUAGGCUUUCUGCUCUUCUUGUGUACUCACUUUAUACUCUAAAGUGAUAGGUUGCAAAGAGUAAUAAGAAAGUAAAAAUAAAUUCUUUGAUCCUCAAAUUAAUGUGCAUUAAAAUAGAUAUGAAAGAAACUUUGCCUGCGUCCCUACUAGUAAGUGGAUUUUUCAUUCUGCAUGAGUCUUCAUGCAGUAGCACCAAGUAUUUGUGGUCAUUUGGAAGAACUAUUUAAGAGAUUAACCAGUCUUCCAUAACUGAUUUUUGACAUAACUUUGAGUAGCACAUUCCCAGGAAAAUACUCUCAGAAUGAACAAAUAAAUAAAUAAAGCUACUUCUAAAAAUAUGUUUUAGAAAUUUCAUUUAUACUUUUUAAAAAACUUCUAAGAAAUGGAUAAAUUUUGGUGUGUUGUUGAUGCCAUAGUGACCUUACAGAAAGUUAAAUGGUACAUGUAAGACUGUAUGGAAAGAGUUUGAGACUCAAAAAGAUGUUAGUUUGCAACAGAAAUUAUUGCGUGCUGAUUGCAUUUGUAUAAAAAUUUGGAUCUCUAUACUGGAAGAAAUCAGAAGGCAUGUAAUUGCAGGUUAAUACUUAAUCUCCUUACAAUAUUUCUGUAAAAUAUUGAUGUGUACAAUAACAAUAAAAGAUUAAUUG